AUGGAAAACUUGCAAUCAAAGCGAAUAUAUUUUGACGUAGAAGAUCGACCGCCACCUGCAUACUGGAGUACUGAAACACAAAGUCCAAUCUCAGAUACUCGUAAUAAUGAAAAUGAAUCUUCAAAACAACAAAUCAAAACUAAAAUUGAUCCUAAAGAAUGGCUAAAAGCACCGGAAUUUGUCCCUCGAUCCAAGCAACUUUUCAACGAAUCAUAUUUUUACAAUCAAAAGACCAUGGGAAAUCAAUUUCCUGCAAGUAAUCCAGUUAAUCAGGUCAUUCUGCCUAAUACUAUGACCCGACAACAAAUUCCGAUCCCUACUCAUGCUCAAGCUCAAGCUGCUGCUCUUGCAGCAACAAUUCCAACACAAUUUUCACCUGCUCAUACUGUUAUUGACCUUCCACAACCUGUAAUGCCACCACAAACUAUCGUACCGUUGUCGAUUGGUCAACCGCCACCAUAUUUUAUGUCAAAUACAGGCACAGGACCGCCACAAGCACCAGCACCAGCACCAGCACCAGCACCGCCACCUCUUCAUGUUCCUCCAAUGAUUCCUUUUCCGAUACCAGCAAUUAAUCAGACCGCUUUGGCAUUGCGUGAAGCACUCGAUAUGGUACCACCUGGUUAUUCUGCUAAUAUUACUCACAUAAACUGUAAGUUAUCUCUCUUGCAUAUGUUCAAUUUGUUUUAA